AUGGCCAAUACAACAUCAUCCUCUGGUUCUCCCCCAAAUCCUGUGCACCCUAACCCAUUCUUUGAUCAUCUCACUAAUCUCGCCCAUCCCCUGUUUCUUCACCCCGGUGAGAAUCCUGCUCUUUUCUUAGUGUCGCCUCUUCUUUCUGAUAACAACUAUCCGCAAUGGCGACAUGAUAUGCUUGUUGCAUUGGAAACCAAAAACAAGGACUGUUUUGUUAUCGGCACCCUUCCAUGUCCCCACUUUAAUGAUCCCUUGCAUGAAGCUUGGAAACAUUGUAACAAAAUGGUAAUUUCGUGGCUCACUCGCUCCAUGACGCCGCCAUUAAACAAUCUGUUAUGUGGAUGGAGUUUGCGUCUGAUAUAUGGACCGAUCUUCUUCAAUGGUUCUCUCAUGGGGAUAAAUUUCGCAUUGCCAAUUUACAAGAGGAAAUUCAGAAUUGUCGACAAGGUUCGGUCCCAAAUUAUGCUUAUGGAGCCUAUGCCUACUUUGGUGAAAACUUUCUCUUUGAUUCUUCAACAAGAAGGUGAAUUUAAGGCUACUUUUCAUUCUAAUUCUCAAGAUUCUAUGGCCAAUCUUACCUUUCAUGAGGGACAUGGUAAAAAUUUUCGCGGUGGUUUCUCUAGCAAUCGUGGACAAGGCCGCUUUCCUCAGUCUGGUGGCCGCAAUCCUAGAUAUUGUGACCAUUGUCACCGAACCAAUCAUACCUCUCAUUCUUGUUGGAUUAAGCAUGGUGUGCCUCAAGGCUCUAACCUACACACUAAAGUCCAACCUUCUCCUUCCAAGCCCUCUGCUCAUGCUAGUAUAGUUGAUACCGUCUCUUCUACUGCCGAUCUUCGUGCCAGGAAGGAUGACAAAGCUGAAGCUCAGUUUGGUUUCUCUAAAGAGCAGUAUGAAGCUCUUCUCGCCUUGAUUCAACAAUCUCACAAUCAUUCUUCUUCCACAGCUCUUGUUGUUCAUCAAUGUACUACCAAACCCACAGGUUUUGUUUUUCCUUUUUCUUCUUGGAUUUUAGAUAGUGGUGCUACUGACCAUAUUUGUCCUUUUAAAUCUUUAUUUCAAAAUCUCAAACCUAUUUCUCCUAUUUCUAUACAAUUACCCAACCAAAACUCUAUCAUUGCUAAAUUCUCAGGUGCCAUUGUCUUGGGCAAUCUUAUCCUUCACAACACUCUUUUUGUCCCUGAAUUUUCUGUUCAACUCAUCUCUAUUCCUAAAUUGCUUGAUUCUACUAAUUGUCUUAUGGUUUUCUCCCAAAAUAUUUGUCUUAUUGUGCAGACAGAUACCUUCUAG